AAAAUUUCCUCAGUUUUGACGUGAACUUUGUGCGAGGAGGAUGAUGUUUUCUUGCAAAUUUUGUGGAAAUUUGGUGAAAAAAGUAGCCAGAAACUGCUCAAAUAUUGUCUAAUUCCUCACCAGUGACAUCAUCUGGGCGGUGUGACGUGUGAAAAGUGGCAAAAAACGUGGGAAAAACAUGUAAAAUUCAGUGACCAUUGAGAUUUUUGUCUCAUCAGAAUUGAAUUUUUUCAGAUUUUUUCACACAUUUAUUUCUCAUAAAUUCUUAUCAGUGAGUAGAAUUAAGAGGUUUCUGCGUGAGAAGCCAGUUUGAGGUACCUCGUGAGUAUCACGGGAGUGAAGAGACAAACGCAAGAAAUAAAGUCUGCAAUGACCUAACCUUCAACGAAAAAAAAGAAGAAAAAUCAAGUGGAGACAGUUUUUGCAAAUUCUUCAGUGAUUUUUACCAAAUAAGAACCCAACAAAUGACCUCCAGAGGCUACCUUUGGAAAAUGUGCAAAUGUUAAACGUUAAAUAUCCUGCCAGUGACGUUUGUGAGUGAAAAUUAAGCAAAAUGAUGGGGAGUGUCUGGAAGAGACUCCAGAGAGUGAACAAGAGGGCGGCUAAAUUCCAAUUUACUGUGUCCUACCACAGCUUGAGGGUAGAAACAACAGCUAAAUGGCGCCCCACAAAUUUGGCUGUUGUAUGGACGAGAAGGAGUCGAAGAGUGGCAUCAACGCCACUUCCUUGGGAGCCAGACAUGAUGAAUCCACUGGUAGGGCAAAUUCAGUGGCCAGUUCCGGACAAUCACACAAUCUCAGUGACACUGUUCAAAGAUCCCCGGACACAUGAACUGGAGGACAAAGAUUGGACAUUUGUCGUGGAAGAUACAUCACAGAUGCGAAAGAAACGCGUCUUGGCGUCUGCGAGUAUCAAUAUGAGAAAGUACGCCAGUAUUGAGUCUACACAGCAAUCUUUUACGUUAACACUGAAGCCCGUUUCGAGGAAAAUUACCUCGGCGGAUUUGGAGUUAACGCUGAGUUGUGUAUUUUUGCGAGAAGGAAAAGCCACCGAUGAAGAUAUGCAGAGUAUUGUGUCUUUGAUGUCGGUCAAUAAUAAUUCUGAUGUAGCUCCACUCGAUGAUCUCGAGGAUAUUCCUGAUCUUGAGAGUUCUGGUGAUAUUUCAGAACAUGUUCUUGAUUUUACGCAGCAACUGGAACUUCUUACGUCCAGUUUAACGGGGGGUGCAUCAGAAUUAGCGACUCCAAUGAGUGUGCCAUCUUUAACGGAGGAUCAGACACCUUUGGCAGAAAAUCCUGCCAUUCCGGACUUGGAGGCGGAUUUAGAGACUCCUGGAAAACGUCCAGAAGAGGCUCCGAGUGAAGUGACACCACGACAGCCACAAAUUCCAACCACUGUCAAUAAUUUCUUUGCACAAAAGAAUGACCUGGACAAAUUGCCUACGGCGGGAAGCGCAAUUGUCCCAAAACGACAACAUUUGGGAAAAGAGAUGAAAGACACAAUGGCAAAUAAGGAGGAUGUCCAGGAUUCAGCCAGGAGGCAUGAGGUAGUUCAAAUAGCUGGGAAAACGGCCCAGGAGAGAGAAAAGAGUCGCCUAGAGCUGCAACCACUCAAGUUGAAGAAGAGCUAUGAGAAUGAUAUUGAUCAGGAGACGCCAGAGAAGACAAAAGUGGUUGCUGUUAAGAGGGCAAAUCUGAAGGAAAGGACACCUGAUCAGGAUCUUCUGGAGUGGUGCAAAGAGAUCACAAAGGACUAUCCUGGGGUCAAAGUGACGAAUCUCACAACGAGUUGGAGAAAUGGUCUGGCUUUCUGUGCCAUCAUACAUCAUCACAAUCCGGAUUUGAUUGACAUGACCAAACUUUCCCAACACGAUGUCGUUGCAAAUUGCCGAACGGCUUUCGAUGCAGCUGAAGGUUUGGGCAUUCCUCGUGUUAUUGAGCCGAGUGAUAUGAAUCUCUUGGCUGUUCCGGAUAAAUUGGCUGUAAUGACGUACCUUCAUCAGUUACGUGCCCAUUUCACGGGGCAUCAGCUGGAGUUGGAGCAGAUUGGGAAGACAAGUGAUGAAUCGAGUUAUGUGAUUGGGAAUUACAAGACAGACAACCUGCCGGACAAGAUGCUGGACCAGUUGAAGCUGCAUCUGGAUAGGGAGCGUCAAGUAGAGGCUGGAGAGGAGAAGAGUGAAGAGAGGAGCGAAAAGUCACCCACAACGAAGAAGGAUAUGAAAAAUUUCUUCCUGGGCAGUAAAUCGCUCAUUGGGAAGGUUCUGUCGCCCACGAGGGAUCGUGCCCAGAGUCAAGACAAUCAGCCACCACGGGAAAAGCCCGUUCUAAUGACGAGGAGAGAAUUGACAGAUCCCUUUGGAUCGGAUGAAGAGGAAGAGGCACCUUCUGCUGCCGAGAAAUCUAGUCAUGCGUCUGACGCUUCCAGGAAGAGUGUUGAUCUCUCUCCGGAGGAUUCAAACUCACCACCAAUUGCCCUCGACACAGAAACAACUACUAAAAUUCUCAAUCGCCACAAAGAGAUGAGCGAAAAGGCACGAGUGUUGAUGGAGAAGCUGAAACAGAACAGUUUGGAGAAUGGAAAAGAUGAUCCGGAUAGCGAAGAGCGUCAGCAACGUCUUCGGGAACAUGCUCGGCGUCUAAUAGCUGAGACACGAGCAAAGUCCAUUAGCUUAGACUCACCCUCAUCACCGAUUAAGUCGGUCACACAGAGAAUCACUCUGUCCCCAGAGCGUACAAUCUCUCCCAUCAACAACAUGGAGUUCAUUUAUCGCAGCAAAGAGAAUUCACCCAUUCGCAGUGGCUCCAUGUCACCGAUUUACAAUCGUGGUGAUAGGAUUACACCGCCCCGGGAUAGCCCGCUGAAGGCGGGAAUUGACCGGGAGAACAAUUGUAGUAGCCCACGAAGUGAGAAAAAUGGAAAUUCACCACUGCAAUCGUUCAAUUCUGUCUUGGAUCGCAUUUCGCCGCAGCGUGAGAAGAAACUGGACAAAAUGUCCUACAUCCAGAGUGAAUUGGAUGCAUUGGAAUGUGAACAGAAGGCUGUUGAUCUCAAGGCAAGUGCCUUGGAGACAAAAUUGAGAGAUGUUAUGGGUGGCAAACAAACGGAUUCGGAUGAGACUGAGGAGCAGUUGCUUUCCCAGUGGUUUACUCUAGUCAACAAGAAGAAUGCUCUCAUUCGGAGACAGAUGCAGCUCAAUAUUCUUGAGCAAGAGAACAAUCUUGAGAGAAAGUAUGAGUUGCUGAACCGAGAGCUGAGGGCAGCACUUUCCGUGGAAGAUUGGCGGAAGUCUGAGGAACAGCGAGAGCGAGAGACACUUUUACUGGCUGAACUUGUUGCCAUUGUGGACAAACGCAAUGAACUUGUCCACAAUCUUCAUACUCAAGAACAAGCAAUUGAGGAUGACGAUGAGAUUGAGAAGAAGUUGGAGCACGUGGAGAUCAAUCCAAAGGAGAAGUGUGUGAUUCAGUGAUGGAAAGAUACCCAGAAACAAAAUUUCCUUCAAAAAAAGAAAUGUUGAUAAAAUUCGUCCAAAUUGAGCAAGAAAAAAAAUCCAAUUCAAGCUUUUUUUUCUAGAGGUCUUAUCGGUAAGCUUAAUUUCUUUUUGAAAAUUACUUUUAAAUUAUCUGCUGAGACGAAAAUACCAAAGAAUUUUUUUCGUGUAUUUGAUUAUGUUCAAAAUUUGACCACUUGAGAGCUUUUAGUGUUGAGGGUUCCUUGAAUUAAAAAAAAUGGGGAAGGUUCGGUGUGAAUAGAAACUCAUUUAGGCCUAUGAGCUUUUUCUAUGUUGAUGAAUCUGCAAUCUUCGAAGAAACAGGGUUUCCAACGAAUCAUUCAGCAAAAGGAAAAAAAAAACAUUCGAAUAAUUGAUUUUAUUAAUUUGUUUGUACUUCCUCAAUUUCUCACAAUCACGAGCUUUUCGCAUAUGAAAAAAAACUUAUUUAAAAAAAAAUGAAACGAGAUUCAGUAGGAAUUAAAAAAAAGUCUAUGUUGUGUAAUUUUGUGAUGCAAUUCCGUGAAUGAAAAAAUAUUGGUAAAAAGAAUAUUAAAGCUUUUUUUGUCAUUGUCACAUUAAACUAUUCAAUAAAAUAAUUUUAUUAAUUUCUUUUUC